GGCAGGAAGAAGGAGGGCGGGGUGGGGACAGGAGAUGGUGAGCUGAUCGGGUAGACAACCAUGGAGCAUAUCUCCACCCCAAAGGUAGAGAAUGUGAAACUGAUAGACAGAUACACCAACAAGAGGCCUGCCAAUGGCACCUUAUACCUUACUGCCACUCACCUUAUUUAUGUUGAUGCUACUGCUGGAACCCGUAAGGAAACUUGGAUUGCUCACCACCACAUUUCCUCUGUGGAAAAACAAGCGCUCAGCACAACUGGUUGUCCACUUAUAAUCCAUUGCAAGAAUUUCCGAGUGAUCCAUUUUGUCAUUUUGCGAGAACGGGACUGUCAUGAAGUUUACACGUCAUUGCUCAAGCUAUCGCAGCCAGUAAAAUAUGAAGAACUGUAUGCAUUUUCCUACAAUCCCAAAUCUGAUCAAGAUGAGCGGCUUAUGGAUUGGAAGUUAAUUGACCUGAAAAUGGAAUACAUGCGAAUGGGAAUUCCUAAUGAUUACUGGGUGUUUAGCGAACUCAAUGAAGACUUUAAGGUUUGUAGUACUUACCCAACUUGUCUGGUUGUGCCUAAAGAAGCCUCUGAAGCUACAAUAAUUGGAAGCUCAAAGUUCAGAAGUAGGGAACGGUUUCCCGUAUUGUCCUACUAUUACAAAGAAAACAAUGCUGCUAUUUGCAGGUGUAGCCAGCCUCUCUCUGGCUUCAGUACUCGUUGUGUGGAAGAUGAGAAGAUGCUGGAUAUAAUCAGCAAAGCCAACCCCGCAAGCCCCUUUAUGUAUGUUGUAGACACGAGGCCCAAGCUGAAUGCAAUGGCAAACAGGGCAGCAGGGAAGGGUUAUGAAAAUGAAGACAAUUACCCCAACAUCCGUUUCCAGUUUAUUGGAAUUGAGAAUAUCCAUGUGAUGAGAGGAAGCCUGCAAAAACUCUUAGAGGCUUGUGAACAGAAGAAUCCAUCCAUGAGUAGUUUCCUUACCAUCCUUGAGAAUUCUGGCUGGUUACGGCACAUAAAAGCUGUAUUGGAUGCUUCAGUUUUUCUAGCAAAAGCAGUAAGGGACGACAAUUCCAGUGUGUUGGUACACUGCUCAGAUGGCUGGGAUCGCACAGCACAAGUGUGUUCGCUUGCUAGCCUACUCCUCGAUCCAUUUUACAGAACUAUAAAAGGCUUCAUGGUACUCAUUGAAAAGGAAUGGAUAUCCCUGGGACAUAAAUUUUCCCAAAGAUGUGGCCAUUUAGAUGUUGAACCUAAAGAAGUGUCACCAAUAUUCACACAGUUUGUGGAGUGUGUGUGGCACCUAAUGGAACAGUUCCCCUGUGCCUUUGAAUUCAGCGAGAAAUAUUUACUAGAAAUUCAUGAUCACGUCUACUCCUGUCAAUUUGGAAACUUAAUUGGGAAUUCCCAGAAGGAACGCAUGGAACUUAAAAUUUAUGAAACUACCCAUUCACUGUGGCCAUUUCUACUACAACGGAAGCAGGAGUUUGUGAAUCCGUUGUAUAUCCCGAAUGCUUAUAAAACACUCCAUCCAAAUACGCUUCCAUUCUUCUUCAAGUUCUGGUGUGGAAUGUACAACCGUUUCGACAGCGGAAUGCACCCAAGGCAAUCUGUUCUGGAUUACCUGAUUGAAUGUCUAAACAAAAAAGCAACUUUAGAAACAAGUGAAUCUACAAUGGAAGAUAAACUCCUUAAGCAAGGCAGCCCCCUUCAAGACCCAUCCUCAACGCCAAAGUACUUUGAGCCUGCAUCAGGAAUAGAAGACCUAGCUGAUGAUCUUCUCGAUGGUGGUGAAGGGUACCCAGAUGCUCAUCUCUCCAAUGGUUCAGUUGCAAACUGUGACAAUGUUGUAUGUAAGAAAAAUGAAAUGACAGAGGAGCAGCAUGGAAACGACAUCUAUAGUCUUGCAGGCUCACAGGACAGGUCUUUAUCUGAAAACCACGCUCUGUCUUCUAAUGAGACCAGUGGGACUGCCAGUGAUACUGCAUCACAGCACUUAUCAAAAGGAAUGUAAAGAACAAAGCUGUUAAUUUUUGGAAAAGGGAGAUUGACGCUAGUAUCAUAAGCUUUGCUCAGUGUACAGCUGCCAUGUUUCUGUGAACAGUUUGCUGUUUACCAGGAUAAUUUUUUAUACCUCUGGCCAAAUCAUCAGAAGUAGAUGUUCAUCUGUCCUCUUUAAUCUGAAUUUGGGGGAAAGAAUCUGAAUCCCUAAUUAAAUGCAGUAUGUUUGGAAUUAUGGGUAAGUAAUGUCAUAGACAGGUGCUAGGUGACAGGUAAAUAAAUGCCAAU